GGGAGGGGUCAUAGCAGUGCCGGGCGCGCGGCGGCGGCGGGCGCAGGUGCUGAGCCAGGAUGGGUUUGGCUGAAGACAAAGUGUACAUCCACAUUACGAAAAACCUCAAGAAGUUUGGGGCUAUCCGAGUGGCGUCGCUGGCCGAUUCCCUGACCUGCCUUGUCGAUUCUGACAGAGAUGAACUCCUUGCCCGGGAGGAGACACGGGGCAACCAGGCAGCUGUCUUUAGGUUUUAUCAGCACCUGAGGUGUAGGAAGGGCUGGGUACAGGAUCUCAUCCAGGCACUGCACCACAACAACGCAGGGCACUUGGCCGAUGAGCUGCAGGAAGUCUAUGACACCUGGAAACCUCGACCUCGUCCCUCAGAUUCUGCUGCUACCUCUUCCCUUCCCAGUGAUGCCCCUCCCACUGUCAGUGCCCAGACACCAUCCCUGGGGCCAAAUCCUGCCUCGGGUGCUCCGAUGGAUGAGCAGCCACGCCGAGACCUGCCUGCUGGUGACCAUCCACCUGUCCUGCCCAGCGCUGCCACCCCCAGGAGCACGGACCUGGAGGCCAGGCUCCCAGUGCAGGAAUCGCUCCCCAAAAAACUCCCAGAGCAAGAGAGUCCCCAGCCAAUUCCACCUGGGAGCAAAGUCCAUGGCGGAGUGAGCGGUGGGCACAGUGGAGAGGGGAAUCCCUCGCACCCCGCCGGGGCUGUGCCGGUGUCACCGGGGACCCCAGAGCAGGGCCGGGACUGGCUGAGCCGCCGGCCAGUGUGUGUGGACAACGGGUUUUUUGGGAAUGCCAACCACCUGCACCGCGGCACACCGGGCCUGGCCGUGGGCAGGUCUGUUCCAUCGAGGGAUGCAGGUGCCACUCACAGCGCCGAGCAGCCCAGGAAUGAGCCUGAAGAGAACUCAGAUAUCUCCACAGAGUCACCGCCAUGGCUGGAAAGGGCCACUCGUGGUGUGGGGCAGCAGCCCCCAAACUCAGCACCAAAAAAGCAGCCUGUGCCAAGCUCUGGGCAUGGUGAGCCCAUGGGCAGCUUUGUGGAUGUGCGCAGCCCCCUCCUCAUCCAGGAGCAGUUUGAUGCGGAGAAGAAGCUGCAAGGGCAUCAAGGGAGUGGAGGUGCUUCAAUGGAAACAGCUACCCUGGUUGCUACCCCUGUGCCCAGAGACACUUUCCCAUCCCGUGACACCUCUUUGAAGGCUCUUACGCAAGAGAAGAAACUGCCCAUUGGGAGUACAGCCAACAGCACCCCCUCUGUGCCACCGAAGGAGGAAGUGGUCCCGGCCUUGGCAAACCCUGUCCUGGGCACAGCUGUGGUAGGAGGCUCCAAAGACACGGCUGGGAGAUCGGCUUCCCGGGGGAGCUCUGCCACGAACGUCUGGGUGUCUCACAGUGAUGAGAGGGAUGAGGAGCUCAGCAAGCCAGGUGUCCUCAUGUCCAUGCCUCAGGGCAGCCCAGAGGUGGCCAGCAGAUGCCCAAGCUCUCAGGAGCCCAGCAACCACCGUUCCACCACCUCCAGUAGCCUUGGCCUCAGCAGCGACCCAAUCCUGGUGAGCAGGGAUAGCCAGAGCUCACGAAGAGCAUCCCCCAGUCUCUCCUUGGUUUGUGCAGACCCGAGGGAAAAGGAGGCAUCUGGAGCAAGCAGAGACUCCUGUCCUGCUCUGAGCUGGGACAGCACCUCCCUGGGCACCCAUGAGGUCCAUGUGGAUCAUCACCCCAGCACCCAGCUUGGAGCUGGCAGUGAUGGAGUCAGUCCCCUUGGAAGCUCUGUCAAUUUCAACUCUGGCAGUGGCCAUGAUGCUGCCACCAGCUCACCUCAGGCCAGAGUCCCAAAGGGGGACAGCAAUGGCCUGUCCCUGCUGUACAUCCUUCCAGCUGUUGGCAUAAUUUCUGCCGUGGCAUUCGUGGUGUACACUCGGCUGCGGAAAUAGUGGAUGCAAUGCCAUGACCGUGACGCAGCCAGGGGAAUUCCUCUGGCAACAGGAUUUUGGCCAACGCUUUGAAGCCUGAAGAAUAGCAGGGGGGCAGUAGGGGCGUUGUUAAAUCUUUUUCUGGAAGGUUCUGCUGGAAGAGGCCUUGGUACAUGAUGCUCUUGGCUUUGGGUCUCGUCCCUCCCAGUUCCCAACCAUCUUCUUGGCUGUAGCCUUCUCAUUUUACACACAUGGAGGAGAGGAUCCUGCUCCAAAGUGAUCCAUUGAGUCAAAAAGGAAAGCCCUCAUGGUGAUUCUCCAUGUCUUCCUUGUUUGGUCCCAGGAGGCCUCGGGGAAACUGGUGAUCCAAAGGGUGACCUCCAGGUCCCUUUGUGCAGUGCAGCCAGGACAGGUUGUGCUGAUAUCCUGGAACAGCAGAGCUGAUUUUCUUGGCUCUGCUCAUCUUGGCUUGAAAAUGUGCCCAAGGGUGCAUGCAGCAGCCUCCGCCAGACGUCUCAUGUUCAGUUCGCCUUACUUGGUGUCUCUGGCUCUGCUGCAAGGACCUUUGAUGGUCUCUGCUGCUCCUCCUGGAAUUGCUUCAUGCAGCACUGACCCUGGGGAUAAACAUGAGGGUCAGGAAAGAGUUGCAUCUAACCAGUGUUCUCAAGGAUCAGCCCCAUUUCACCCCCUCCAGGCAGGAAAAGGGGUUUCUGAUUUAAGAGGAAUGUUUCAGGCAAUGCCAACAUUAAGCAGACUUUGUCCCACAAAGGCUUGUUGGGUGUCUUUGAUUUUUCAGGCUGGAUUUUUUGAGCCUGAUUGGAAGGGUAGAUGGAGUUCUUGCCCUUCCUGAUACCUGCUGCUAUGGCAUAGGGGUAUAGGAACUUUCUGCUCAGGCUGGACACAAAUGGGAUCAGCUGCACACUGCAGGGAGACCAUACCAGAGUCUGAGAUGCUCUGGGGAGACCUUGUAGCACCUUCCAGUGACUUAAAGGGCUUGGAACAAACUGGUCUAGGGGGAAGGUGUCCCUGCCCAUGGCAGAGGGGUGGGAUGAGAUGCUCUUUAAUGGCCCAUUCUGUGAUUCUAAAAUACAGUAAAGCAGUGAAGAAGCAACAACCUGGAGUAGUUAACGUUGCUCCAGGUUGCUCUGAGCCCCAUCCAACCUGGCCUUGGACACUUCCAGGGAUAGGGCAGCCACAGCUUCUCUGGACAACCUGUGUCAGU